AUGGGAAUAAGGGCCAAGAUCGCCCAGCUUAACUUCCUGUGCCCGGCUUCACCUUGCUGUGUCUCUCUGCGGGCUGAUCGCCAGCGGCUGAUCCGCCUUAAAAGCGGCCUGUCUCGCGCCCUCGUUGCUGUCGGUUAUUGCACUUCAUCGCCGCUCUUCCAACUCCAGUCAAGCAUUAUCGCCAUCAUGACUCUGACGACUUCUGCCGACCCUUCCACCAUCCUUGCUCGAGCCAUUUCCGACCAGGAAGUUGUUACCUGCCAUCUCGAACCCGUCCCUUGCGAUUGCCCAUUCGGCAAAUACACCGGCACUGCCGGCUGGCUCAGACUGCUGGAGGCCAUUGUUCACUAUUAUGCACCGCCCAGAUGGGUUCGCUGGUUCAUUGGAAUAGGUCUCUUCAUCCAUGUCACGGUCAUCCUCAUCACCAGGUGUCUUGAAUUCAUCAUCAGGGUUCUCGAAUGCCAGAGUGUCAGGCAGAGGGGCGGCAGCUGGUCCGAUGUCCUCGCCGUGAUGAGCAAGAAAAAGCCGGAUCUCCAUGGACUUAGCGAAGACCGCAAGCGGGAGAUUAGUGCGCAAAGUUAUUAG